AUGGGACCAUACAGUCAAGCUGUUCAAGUUGAUAAAACACUUUAUAUAUCAGGAAGUAUUGGAAUUGAUCCUAAAAGUGGUAAUUUUGUUGGUAGUACUGUCUCCGAUCAAGCACGCCAAGCCUUGAAAAAUAUUGGUGAAAUAUUAAAAGACGCUAAUUGCUCAUAUCGCAAUGUUGUUAAAACAACAGUAUUUCUACAAGAUAUGAAUGAUUUUUCAGCUAUGAACGAAGUAUAUCAAGAAGUAUUUUCGGAACGAUAUCCAGCGCGAUCAACAAUUCAAGUAGCUGCCCUACCAAAAAGUGCAAAAGUUGAAAUUGAAGCUAUUGCUAUUGUUGGUGAUAUUAAAGACGAAUAA